GUAUCAGAAGCAUAUAUUAUAAAUAAACAAUUGUCCCUUCUCACACCCCAAAGUAACCAUCACAAAACAAAAGAAACUGAAUGGAAUGAACUGCUCCUUGUACUAAACAAACAAACAACCUUUUCAAUAUCUCUGAUCCUCUCAAAGAAAUGUUUGUCAAGAAACUCGUUGAGAAAGCUUCCAUUAAGAAGCCUGGUGGAAAUUCAAUAGAAGGAUUAAAGGCCAGUGAUGUAGAUCCACGAGUUGUAUUUCAUCAAGGGAUACCAUCAGGUGGUGCCAAGUUUGCCUAUGACUCCAUUCAGAAGAUACUUGCUCUUUCUACAAAGGAUGGCCGGAUUAAACUAUAUGGAAAAGAUAAUGCACAAGCUCUGCUUGAUUCUAGUGAGCCUCUACCUAGCAAGUUUUUACAGUUCAUCCAGAACCAAGGCAUCCUUUUAAAUGUCACUUCCAAUAAUCAUAUUGAGGUUUGGGACAUAGAGAAGAAAAUAUUGUCUGAUGUAUAUGUUGCUAAAGAAGAAAUCACUUGUUUUGCAGUCAUUCAACAUAGCCUGUAUAUGUAUAUUGGACAUUCUAAUGGUAAUAUAUCAGUUUUGAAGCUUGAGCAAGAUCCAUGGCAUAUAGUUCGGAUGAAAUACACCAUACCCUUUUCUGCUUCCUAUGGGAAUUCUGAAGUGUCUGAUGACACUACUGUCAUGCAUAUACUCCCUCAACCAGCAGCUGAAAGUAAGAGGGUUCUCGUAAUCUUUCGAAACGGCCAAAUAAUAUUAUGGGAUAUUCAGGAAAGCAGGACUGUUUUCAGAACUGGUGGAAAUAUGUCGCAGUCACUGCAUAAUGAAACAAAGAAAGUGACUUCUGCAUGUUGGGCAUGUCCUUUUGGAAGUAAAGUAGUUGUUGGAUACAGCAACGGAGAGAUCUUCAUUUGGAGUGUCCCUUCUCUAAAUAUAGGAAAUGGUUCUUCUGCAUCUGAUUAUUAUAGUAGUCAAAGCACUCCUUUGCUCAAACUUAACUUGGGAUACAAGUCGGAGAAAAUUCCCAUAGGAUCAAUAAAAUGGCUUUAUGCUGGAGGAAAGGCUAGUCGAUUAUAUGUCAUGGGAACUUCUGAUUAUGCAAGUUCAAACUUGUUACAGGUAGUGUUGUUGAAUGAGCAAACGGAAUCUCGCACGAUUAAGUUGGGACUUCUUUUGUCUGAAAGCUGUGUUGACAUGGAGAUCGUAUCAACUUCAUCUGAGCAAGGCAAGCAAAAACAAGAUUCUUUCCUUUUGCUUGGGAAGUCAGGUCAUGUACAUCUAUAUGACGAUACUUUUAUUGAAAGGUAUCUCCUACAAUGCCAAUCUAAGUCAACACCUUCACUUCCAAAGGACGUAACUGCGAAGUUACCACUGGCAGAUUCAAGCAUCACAACUGCCAAAUUCAUCACCAACAAUACCAAUAUGUUUUAUUCUGAUGAUGAGUACUACAAGCAGCUGGUGAAAAAUCAUCCACUUUUUGUUCCUGUUGAAACAAAUCAAAAAGAUGGGAUUAGCCCAAGUUCUGCUAAAUUUUCUGGAUUUUCAAAAGUUCAAAACUUGUAUAUAACUGGACAUAGCAAUGGAGCUGUAAACUUCUGGGAUGCUUCAUGCCCACUUUUCACCCCAAUUUUGCAAUUAAAACAACAGAGUGAAAAUGACUUUUCAUUAAGUGGUAUACCCUUGACAACACUGUACUUUGACAUCAACUCUCCUCUUCUUGUUUCCGGUGACCAGAGUGGAACGGUUCGCAUCUUUAGAUUCAAACCUGAACCAUAUGCCACCAACAUCUUUAGUGGUUCAAAGAAAGGAACUGAUCAUAUUAUCCAAAGUAUGAAAAUCGUAAAGAUUAAUGGUGCCAUAAUUUCUGUGAACAUAGAUCAUAGCUCAAAGCAUCUUGCUGUUGGUUCCGAUCAAGGGCAUGUUUCAGUUUAUAACAUGGAUGACCUAACUUUGUUAUAUCAGAAACACAUUUCAAGUGAAAUUUCUGCUGGUAUCAUCUCGCUGCAGUUCCUAACAUGCAGUUUGAAUGGUUUCGAUAAAAACAUUUUAGUGGUUGGAACAAAAGAUUCUUCUGUUCUGGCACUUGAUGAUGAAACUGGUAACAUGAUGGGCACAGGAACUGUUCAUCCUAAGAAGCCCUCUAAAGCUCUACUUAUGCAGGUGUUUGAUGGACAAAGUGGACAAUUAAUUGGAUCAAUUACAAAAGAUGGACUAGACUUGAGUGCCGCGAAUCAUAUUGAGAAUGCAACAACAAAGCAAUUGCACAUUCUGCUUUGUUCAGAGAAAGCUUUAUAUGUCUAUUCAUUAGUGCAUGCUGUUCAGGGAGUUAAAAAGGUACUUCAAAAGAAGAAGUUUCACUCCUCUUCCUGUUGUUGGGCAUCAACAUUUUACGGUCCCUCCGGUGUCGGCCUUGUACUCCUUUUCACUGACGGAAGAGUAGAACUAAGGUCUUUGCCAGAGUUAUCCUUGAUUGUGGAGGCUUCAAUUAGAGGUUUCAACUAUUCACCUCCAAAAUCAAAGUCAAUUUCUGAUUGGCAAAUAUGUUGUUCGUCCAAAGGAGAUCUUGUUUUGGUGAAUGGAGACCAAGAAAUUUUGGCUGUGUCAUUGUUGGUCCAAAGGAGUAUUUUCAGGAUUUUGGAUUCUGUUAGCUGCAUCUACAGAAAAGAAAUGAUGCUGUCACAAGAAGAACUUGUCACUGUCCCAGUCAUUCAUAAGGAAAAGAAAAAGGGUCUAUUCAGCUCUUUCUCUGGCAGUAAAGAAAAACAUGCCCCCCUCAUAGAAACAGAAGAUUCUAGAGAAAGUAUCCAGAAACUCUCGGUGAUCUUUUCAGAAGAAAAUUUUCCAUCUGAGGCUGAUAAUAAUGAUAACCUGACUGCUGAUGAAGACGAGGUCGAGUUAAACAUAGAUGACAUUGACCUAGAUGAUCAUGUAGAAAAGCGCAAAGAUCACGGGAUAUUGGGAAUUGGAGCUCUUAAUAAGAAGAAAUUGACUGGAAAAUUUCAGGCUCUAAAAGGAAGAUUGAAAGAGAUGAAGGGCAACAUCCAGAAAACAUCAGCUAAAGAAGAGCAACAACAAGAAGAGCAACCUGCUACUGUCGACCAAAUCAAGAAGAGAUACGGAUUUUCUUCUUCCUCUAAUGAAACAAGCGCUGCUAAAAUGGCAGAAAGCAAGCUACAAGAGAACUUGAAAAAAUUGCAGGGUAUCAACUUAAGAACUACAGAAAUGCAAGAUACAGCAAAAUCAUUUUCAUCAAUGGCAAACCAAGUACUGCGAACUGCUGAACAGCAACAAGACAAAAGAAGUUGAUUAACAAUUCAAUUCAUUUUUUUACUAAGAUGUGAAUUUUUUUUUGUUUAUAUUAUGUAUGUAAGGUGGUUCUGUUUCUUUUUUCUUUCUUUAUAUACAUAUUUUUGUUGGUGAAGCUUUUUCUUUAUGUUAAACACUGAUGAAAGGUUUCCAAUAGUUUUGGUUUUGGAUCGACAUUGAGUAUUGUAUGCAGUUUCAGGCAUUUGUAGAGUAAGAUUGGUUUCUUCAAUA